AUGGAGGUGCUAUCGUCCGUUUUUUCUUUGCCACGUUGUGGCGAAUGCGGCGAUUUCAGUCUUUUGUUUAUGGAAGAUAAUUUGAAACGGAAGGGAUGUGCGUCAACUUUGCGUUUGCUGUGCGAGCAGUGUGGAUGGAAACAUUCAUUUUGCACAUCAAGAAAGCAAGGAAAGAGUUUUGAAGUAAAUCGGCGAAUCGUUUAUGGUAUGAGAACUCUUGGAAAGGGUUAUGCUGGUGCAAGGAAAUUCUGCACAAUUAUGAACAUGCCUCCACCUCCAACUGAGAAAGCUUUCCUCAGAAACUCGCGCGUAAUCGGCCGUCACAUGAAAGCGAUUGCAAAGGAAACAAUGAAAAAGGCGGGAGAAGAAGUUUUAUCUCUCAAGAAGGAUGUAAAUUCUUCUGAAGGUCUACCUGUGAACUGUGGUGUUUCUUGUGACGGAACAUGGCAAAAGAGAGGCUACUCGUCACGCAAUGGUUGUGUGACUGUCGUAUCCAUGGACACAGGAAAAGUUCUUGAUGUGGAGGCCCUAAGCCAAGGAUGCAAACAGUGUGAGCGGCAUGAACAAAUGGACAAGAAUUCUCUCGAAUAUCAGAUGUGGAGAGCUGAUCACAACACUUGCAAGUCAAAUUUCCAGGGAUCAGCACCUGCUAUGGAACUAGAGGCUGCAGAGGGCAUAUUUUAAAGGUCUGUUGAGCUGCACAAUCUCAGAUACACUGAAUUUUAUGGGGAUGGGGACAGCAAGAGUUUUUCCAGGAUAAAGAAUAUUUGUCAAGAUGCUGGAAUUUUAGUGGAAAAGAAAGAAUGCAUCAGUCAUGUGCAGAAGAGGGUUGGAACUGCACUUCGCAAAUUAAAGCGUGACAAUCCAAGCCUUGGAGGCAGAGGGAAACUCACAGAUAGUCUAAUUGAUAAACUUCAGAACUAUUAUGGCAUUGCCAUAAGGUCCAAUGUUGGAAAUUUGGCUGGAAUGAAGAAAGCUAUCCAUGCUAGCCUCAUGCAUUGUGCCUCAAGUGAGGCACGCCCACUUAAUGACCACUGCCCAACAGGUAGUGCAAGUUGGUGCAAGUAUCAAAAGGACAAAGCCAACCAUACGAAUCUCUUUAAGCAUGGACCUGGCCUUCCUUUACCUGUUAUUGCCAAGCUAAAGCCUGAAUAUAUUCGACUUAGUGAGAACAACUUAUUGCAGAAGUGCUUACUUGGCAAGACACAAAAUCAAAAUGAGUCUUUGAAUGGGAUGGUAUGGCAAAGGAUUCCAAAAGAAAUUUAUGUUGGAAGGGAGACAUUAGAAUUAGGACUUUAUGAUGCUGUUUUUUAUUUUAAUAUUGGUUCAAUUAGUAUUAUUAAGCUUUUCCAAGCCCUUGGUAUUCCUUCUGGCAAAUAUACCGAGGAGGGUUGCAGACUCCAAGACCAGCUUAGAGUUAAUAUUGCGCAACAUAAAAGCAAAGCUACUACCAAGAAGCGAUGCAAAGUGAUUAGGGGCCUUAAAAAACAAAAAGAUGACCAUAAUAAGCAAACUGAAGGAGUCAGCUAUGGCCCUGGUCAGUUUUGA